UAAAAGUCAUUUUCAUAAAUCAUUAACGUAACGGUACAGCUAUGGAAAUAAUUAAAAUUGGAUUUUCCACAAAAUUCAUACAAUCCUACAACAUUAAUAUUGGUUUAUAACCAUUUACUACUACUUGCUGCUCUAUUAUAAAGGUGCUGCAUACACCUCAAAUUCUACCAUAAACAAAAUUUAAAUAAAAAAUGGAGUUAUGCAAAUUUGAGAUAGUAGCAUUUGCAGUGCUUGUAUUCUACAUACCAGUUGCCCAUAGUUGGGGAAUCGAUGGCCAUCUCAUCAUCUGCAAACUUGCACAGGUUCUUACCUUCAUCAAUUCUCUCCUUUUACUCCGUUUGACGACACGAAAACCUCCAGAGGAUGCUGUAUCACAUCUCUUGCCAGCAUAUGCAGAGAACGAUCUCGGCAGCCUGUGUUCGUGGGCAGACCGCGUCAAGUUCAGAUAUCACUGGUCAUCGCCUCUCCAUUACUUGAACACCCCGGACGAUCUCUGCACCUAUCAGUACAAAAGGGAUUGCAAGGAUGAAGAUGGAAUAGCAGACAGAUGUGUAGCCGGAGCAAUCAACAAUUACACCACUCAGCUCCUGAGCUAUCGAGAUUCCACGUCCACAUAUAAUCUCACAGAAGCACUGCUUUUCCUAUCCCAUUUCAUGGGGGACAUUCAUCAGCCUUUACAUGUAGGAUUCACUUCAGAUAGGGGGGCUAACACUAUUGAUGUUCAUUGGUACAAGAGGAAAUCAGUUCUUCAUCAUGUAUGGGAUAAUAACAUCAUUGAGACAGCAGAGGAAAGAUUUUACGACUCUGAAGUGGACGAACUAAUCAAUGCGCUCGAGAAGAACAUAACAACUGUGUGGUCCAACCAAGCAAAGGCAUGGGAAGCCUGCAGCAAAACAUCUUGCCCGGACGUAUAUGCAUCUGAAGGUAUUAAAGCAGCAUGUGACUGGGCAUACAAAGGCGUCCAUGAAGAUUCAGUGCUUGGAGACGACUACUUUCUGUCCCGUAGGCCAGUUGUCAAUCUCCGGCUAGCUCAGGGCGGAGUCCGCUUGGCAGCCACGCUCAACCGAAUAUUCGGAUGAUCACGUUUCAACUCUGCCUUCAACCCGAGGAUAUUGAUGAAAUUCUGUUAUUUUCAAGUGUAAUCCAUUUGAGGAAUA